AUGGAGACUUCUUUGCCGUCUCGUACCAAGGCCCAAACGGCAAGCACCAAACGGGACCAACACCCAACGAAACCCAAACAACCGAGCCCAGGACCAGCUUCGACAUCGAGACCUACAACGAAACUCGACGUCUUCGUCAUCGGAAGCGGCGAAAACUCCGAGCUAGGUCUUGGCCCCCGGCAUACACAAGCGCCGCGCCCACGCCUCAACCGCCUGCUCGAUGCCGACUCUUUGGGGGUCGUACAAGUUGCAGUUGGCGGUAUGCAUUGUGUUGCACUUACCCACAACGGCAAGGUGUUGACCUGGGGCGUCAACGAUGACGGUGCCCUAGGACGCGUGAAGCCUACCUCCAAGUCCGAAGCGGAGGCCGAAGAGGACGAGGAGGAUAUCCUGGACCCGUUCGAGAGUACUCCCGAAGCCGUCCACUUUGAAGAGGAGAUCGAUGUUGUGCAAGUUGCAGCGACGAACAGCGCAGGGUUUGCGUUGACGGCUGCAGGAAAAGUGUACGGAUGGGGAAGCUUUGCCGGCGGAGAUGGCAACUUUGGCUUCCUCCAUGAGAAGCCACCCAAGACGACGGAGCGAUUGCCAGUGUUGAUCCCAGGGCUCACGGAUAUCAAAAAGCUCGCGGGCGGAUCAGAUCAUAUCCUUGCUCUCACCAACGACGGAAAUGUCUUCGCAUGGGGGUCCGGGGAGCAGAAUGAGCUGGGACGGCGCAUCUUGGCACGCCGGCGCUUCGAGACCCUCGUCCCUCAGCGCGUCGGUCUUCCCAAGAACAAGACGGCCAAGAUCUUUGCCGGGUCGCAUCACAGCUUCGCCAUCGACACGACCGGCAAGGUUUGGGGAUUCGGAUUGAACAACUUUGGCCAGUGUGGAAUCUCGACACGCGAGGACACCGGGUUCACGACUGUCAUCUCGCCGACAGUCAUCAAGAGCCUCGAGGGAUACAAGAUCCGCCACAUCGGAUGUGGACUGCACCACACCGUUGCUUGCACCGAGGAAGGCGAAGUGCUGGUCUGGGGUCGAGCCGACGACGGCCAGAUGGGCAUGCCGCUCGAGACGCUGCCCGAAGACCACAUCAUAUUCGAUUCGAGGGACCGCCCUCGGGUGCUGAACGUCCCAGCCGUCGUUCCCGGUAAGUAUUCCCUAUCCAGUGACAGCCCCGACAAGACUGACCUCGGCUGGGCAGACCUCAAGGCUGUGUUCGUUGCAGCAGGCAUCGAUAAUUGCUACACCAUUUCAAAAGAAGGUGAAAUGCAUGCUUGGGGAUUUUCAGCGAGCUACAACACGGGUCUUGCCACGACGGACACCGUGAAGACACCAACGCUGGUCCGUAGUAAGCAGCUAGGAGAGAAGAAGCUCAAUUUCAUUGAUGCCGGCGGCCAAUUUGCCGUCGCAACCAGCCCUCGGCUGUAA